AGACCCCAGCGCACCCCAGCAUACACACAGUACUGGAGACUGAGGGCAUCCCAGCAUACACACCGACUACUACCGGAGCCGCCAGCAUCUCCCCCACCGGCCACCACAAGUCCAGGAUCAUCGGACUGAGCGAGAGGGGAAAACACUCUUUUUUUGGCAAUCUCUUUUGGGUGUGUGAUUUUGUUUCUCGCCGGGUUUCGAACAGUGGAUACGCUGCCAUGUCAAAGUACACUGAAUUAUUUAUAGGCGUGCGUGUCUUGUUGUGUGACAGCUCUGCCCUAAAAGCAUUUUAUUAGACGCCUCUUCCAGCUCUGACUGGCACACGACUCUCCUCUCAGCCGAUGCGUCACUUCUAAGAGCGCCGGGACAACCGCACUGGCUCCGGUCUCCUCGCCCGCCUGAGCCGAUCUGCAGCUGAAAUCUUUUUUGGUUGAAUUGUUUUGCCACGGAUCCAAUGAAGGACUGAUAUAUUUUUCUCCUUUUGGCUUUUCCACCUGAGAGAGAGAGAGAGAGAGAGACAGAGGACGCGGUUGCCAUCCUGCUUUUGGACGCUGAGCCUUUUUACGCAUGCAAGGAGAAAUCUGUGGUGACACCUGAUCGACUGGCUUUCCUCCGCGCACAUUGACCCGGGAGCUCCAGGCGAAUCAGGGGAGGGAGAGAGCGCAGAUAACUCGGUCAAUGCCCGGCCUGUGCUGUUGAUUUUUUGUUUUGUUUUGUUUUGUUUGUGUGUGCGCGUGGGGUCCAGCCAAAAGCCAUGGUCCACUGCGCCGGCUGCGAGAGGCCUAUCCUGGACCGCUUUCUGCUCAACGUGCUGGACAGAGCCUGGCACGUCAAGUGCGUGCAGUGCUGCGAGUGCAAAUGUAAUCUGACAGAGAAAUGUUUUUCUCGAGAGGGGAGACUGUACUGCAAAAAUGAUUUCUUUAGGCGUUUCGGCACUAAGUGUGGCGGCUGCUCGCAGGGCAUCUCUCCAAACGACCUGGUCCGGAGGGCCCGGAGCAAAGUGUUUCACCUCAACUGCUUCACCUGCAUGAUGUGCAAUAAGCAGCUCUCCACCGGCGAGGAGCUCUACAUCAUAGACGAGAACAAGUUCGUUUGCAAAGAAGAUUACCUAAGCAACGCCAGCGUCAAAGACUCCAACCUCCUCUCAGUAACGGCGUGCAGCGACCCCAGUUUAUCGCCGGACUCUCAAGACCAGCUACAGGACGACGUGGUCCUGAAGGACACGGAGAUAGCCGCCCUGUCCGACAAAGAGACGGUCAACAACGAGAACGACGACCAGAACCUGGGAGGGAAGCGGCGCGGCCCGCGGACCACCAUCAAGGCCAAACAGCUGGAGACGCUGAAGGCGGCGUUCGCUGCCACCCCAAAGCCCACCAGACACAUCAGGGAGCAGCUGGCCCAGGAGACCGGCCUCAACAUGAGGGUCAUCCAGGUCUGGUUCCAGAACCGACGUUCCAAAGAGAGGCGCAUGAAGCAGCUGAGCGCGCUGGGCGCCCGGAGGCACGCGUUUUUCCGGAGCCCGAGGCGGAUGAGGACGCUGGUGGACCGGCUGGAGCCCGGAGAGCUGAUCCCCAACGGGCCCUUCUCUUACUACGGAGAUUAUCAAAGCGAGUAUUACGGCCCAGGAGGGAACUAUGACUUCUUCCCUCAGGGGCCCCCGUCGUCGCAGGCCCAGACCCCGGUCGAUCUCCCCUUCGUGCCCUCGUCAGGCCCCACGGGCACCCCCCUUGGAGGUAUGGACCACCCCCUGCCGGGCCACCACCCCUCCAGCGAUGUGCAGCGCUUCUCCGAUAUCAUGUCCCACCACCCGGGGGACUCUCCCAGCCCGGAGCCCGGCAUCCCGGGGCCCCUGCACAGCAUCUCCUCUGAGGUGUUUGGCCCCAGCCCGCCCUUUACCUCACUGUCGCUGAACGGCAGCGGAUACAACAACCACCUGUCCCACCCGCCCUCGGAAAUGAACGAGGGCACUGUGUGGUAGCUUUUUGAGGGAGUUGACUUUUAUCUGGCGAGAGAUUCGGGGACAGAGGGUGACGAGGUUUGGUGGCGUUGGGGCCUGGGGUCGAGGCCAGGGACAUGGAUAUCGACAGGGUUAGGUCAACGCCAUUGAAUCCUAAUUUUCUUUUUUUGUUUUCAUAUUUAUUUAUUUAUUUUACCAUUUCAUUUGCUGAUCUUUUUUUCUGUGGGGAAAGCAUAUUUGGCAUAAAAAGUUAUGCUCAAAAACAUUGUCUUCAGUGUUGUGUUUGGGUGUUUCAGUUGCUUCUUUUGCCCCUGCCCCACCCUGCAUCCAAAACUGGACUUUAAAAAAAAGAAAUAACUGGGCGAGACUGUUGAACUGCCCCCCCUCCCCAUUCACCCCCCCCCUUCUUUUCUUUGGGCCCCUGGGGCACCCUGUCACCCCUCCUGUCAGUGGCCCGGCAAAGCGACCAAACCCCCCAACACUCACCAGUAGGGUAAAAAACAACCCUUUGGAAAUCUCCUAUAGUAUGUCCAGAACACAAAAACAUCAUUAGCUACUGUCAAAGACUUCGAUAGCUUUACAGAGAGAGAAUGAAGGGGGGGCCGAGGGGUUGGUUGCGUGCUGACCUGGCACUGUAGGAAGGCUGAGCGGCGUCCAGACUUUGUUCGAGGCACUAGACUUGUCCCUUGUAUUUAUUCAGAAGCUCCUCAGACCUCUUUGCCUCUCAAGGCUCUGCCAUAUUGACACUUAACCUUUUUGACACUACGUUUCCGAAGGCCAGAGGAAAUGAAAAUUUUUUCCUCCGUGUGGACUAUUUGUUUCUCUUUCUUUCUUUUUUUUCUUGGUUUCAGAAUUUUCACCAAAUCUGAAGCAGGCCGCCUUCAAAAGGCAAACAGUAAAAACCCUCCACGGAUUGCAAACCCUUUAUUUAAAACGGAAGUGAACUUGAAAUGUUGAAAUGAAGUCUACCUUCUAAAAAUCUUCUACUGGGGUUCUAAAUGGGACUUAGAACAGUCAACUGUUUACGUAAUCUAUUUAAUUCAGGAGUCCAGAAGUCUCGAAAAACCAUGUUUUAGAACCUCUCGAUCCAUAUAAAAAUGUUCCAAGCAACCAACCAAACUUUUGUAUUGAUUUCAUUUAUAUUGUAUGGAGAUAAAAACAAAUUUGCUGGGGUUGUGGUUCACUGUGCUAGUUUGUACAAGAUGUUGUUUACAAAAAAAGGUUGAAAAAAAUAAUAAAAACAUGAGUAAAGUAGACAUUUGCCAAAUUGAAAAAAAAAAUAGCACAAAUACUGUUAAAGUGCUUUGCACCAUCAUCUGCAGAACGUGUUGAGACAAAAUGUAAGUGUUAAAAGGAGUAAUUGACUUCUUAAUUUUUUAGUCUGCUGACAAUACAUUCAUAAAAUUGUUAAUAUAACAUACUUAGACAGGUUUUAUUUUUGUGUCUUCAAAGGAGAAAAAUCCAAACUAUUAAAAAUUGAUGGUCAAAUAUGCAGCCAGUAGCUGCUACAUCUCUUUGAAUAUCAAGCCCUCAUGGUAUGUCUUUUAUUGUUCCAAUAAACCUAAGCUUAUGUGACCUCCAGUGCAUAUUAGACCAUUCACUGUAUAAAUACAACAUGUUGACAAAAAUGUGUUUCUAAUAAAACUAGAAAAUAUA